UCUCUCUCUCUCUCUCUUCUUCUUCUUCUUCUUCUUCAAAGAUGGAGAAGAAAGGAGGUAGCAGCAGCUCCCAAGAUGCAGAAGUAAGGAAGGGUCCAUGGACCAUGGAAGAAGACUUUAUUCUCAUCAACUACAUAGCCAACCAUGGUGAAGGUGUUUGGAACUCCUUGGCACGUUCCGCAGGUCUGAAACGAACUGGAAAAAGCUGCCGUCUUCGAUGGCUAAAUUACCUGAGACCUGACGUUCGGAGAGGUAAUAUCACAGCUGAAGAACAACUUUUGAUCAUGGAACUACAUGCUAGGUGGGGAAACAGAUGGUCAAAGAUUGCAAAGCAUCUUCCAGGAAGAACUGAUAAUGAAAUAAAGAAUUACUGGAGAACAAGAAUUCAGAAACAUAUUAAACAAGCAGAAACAUUCCCAAACCAGAACAAUUCUGAGCUGCAAGACAAUGGAAGCACAAGUAAUGAUCAUAUAUGUGAAGUUGGAGAUGGAAUUGAAUCAUACUCACCAACUAAUUAUGAUGGAAACCUUGAAGCUUUUUUGGAUCCUUUAUCUACUACUACUACUACUCAUCAAUCCAAUGAAAACUUCUGGAAUGAUGAAGAUCUCUGGUCUAUGCAGUUACUCAACAACGAUUGAGCCUUAUUUAUAGUAUUUAAGUUUUUUUUUAAUUUGGAGCU